CCCCCCCCAUUUACAAAACAAAAUCCCUCAGCAAAAGGUAACAUACACAAAGGGAUUCUGGGAAAAAAAAAGAUUCUUGCCUUUCAUUUACCCCAAAAGAAGAAAGGGACAGUCUACACCAACCGGUUGAAGACAGAGACUGUGAGUGUUUGUUCUCCUGCAGUUACUUUAUCUUGCUGUUCCAGGAAUGUUCGACCAUUUCCCCCAGGAAAGAUGGAGGUCCCCCGACUGAAUGGAAUAUAUAUAUAUCUAUAUUAUUUCUCCCAGAGGGCUUAUGCUAAAGAGCAGAUCCUAAAUAUUUACAGCAUGAAGGAGGAGGGGAGAUGAUCAGAAGCACAUGCCAUAGGCUUCCUACAUAAAUUUUAAUUUGUAUAUAUGCAUAUAUAUUGGUAUAUAUAUGUCUUUUCCUUGCACUGUUAUGUUGUGGCUGAGUUUGCGGCGAGCCGUACUCUAUACUGUAAUAAAGCUCUUUUACUGUAAUAAAAUGCCAGGGCUGAGAGACAGUACUGGGGACAUUGCAUGGAGGUACAAGUGACGGCUGCUUUGGGCAGGCUGGAAGCUGUCAGAAUCCUGCUAUUUCUCUGGAACUGAAGGUUAGACAGCUAGAGGGGGGAUUGCUAAGAGAGAGAGAGGAGGGGGGGGGGAAAGUCCCAGGCAAACUCCAUAUCGACAACAUGGCUUCUCCAGCAAACCAGCAGCUGCUGCAUCAUACGGAGGUGAGGUGUGAUGGAAGUGGUGACUGCAGCAGCGUAACUGUAAGAAUUAAUAGGCAGCACCACCAAGGGUCGUCCAGACGUUGCAAGUACAGUAUAUCAUCCAGCUGUAGCUCGGGGGAGUCUGGGGUCAAGAAGAGUGGAGGAUCUGGUGGAGUAAGAAGGCAGAAGAAGCUUCCACAGCUUUUUGAGAGGUCCACGUCGAACUGGUGGAACCCUAAAUUUGACUCUAAUAAUUUAGAGGAGGCCUGCGUAGAGCGGUGCUUUCCACAAACGCAGCGAAGGUUCCGCUAUGCCCUACUGUACCUCUCAGUGUCGGGUCUGCUUUGGAGUAUCUAUUUUGGUGUCCACAUGAAAUCCCAGCUGGUCGGCCACCUAGUUCCCACUUUGUGCUUCCUUACGGUGUGCCUAGGAUUCUUUUUUUUCACCUUCACCAAACCAUAUGCCCGUCAUUGCACCGCAGUCUCACUGCUCGUUACACUGCUGGUCUUUGCCUUGACUUUGGCUUCUCAAUUUCAGGUGCUUACUCAUGAUGUCGGCUUUGAUGAAAUCUCCAAUGACACCUCGGUCCCAACGCACAACUCCACCUCGUGCCUGUCUCAGGUGGGCAGCUUUUCUAUAUGUGUGGAAGUCCUACUUCUGCUCUACACAGUCAUGCACUUACCCCUAUACCUCAGUGCCUGUCUUGGGGUGACAUACUCUAUCCUCUUUGAGACAUUCGGAUACCACUUUAGGGAUGAGGGUUGCUUUGCACCUUUGGUGGGCAGGAUGGCUCACUGGGAGCUGUUGAGCAAGGCUCUACUCCAUGUUUGCAUCCAUGCUAUUGGGGUCCACCUCUUCAUAAUGUCUGAGGUCCGAUCACGCAGCACCUUCUUAAAGGUUGGUCAGUCCAUUAUGCAUGGAAAGGACCUUGAGGUCGAGAAAGCACUCAAAGAGAGGAUGAUCCACUCAGUCAUGCCACGGAUCAUCGCAGAUGACUUAAUGAAGCAGGGCGAUGAUGAGAGUGAGAACUCUGUCAAGCGCCACACAACCUCCAGUCCCAAAAGCCGCAAAAAGAAGUCCUCUAUUCAGAAGACACCUAUAAUUUUCAGGCCUUUCAAGAUGCAGCGGAUUGAGCAGGUGAGCAUCCUGUUUGCCGACAUUGUAGGAUUCACUAAAAUGAGUGCCAACAAAUCUGCUCAUGCUUUAGUAGGGCUACUCAAUGACCUUUUUGGCCGAUUUGACCGUCUAUGCGAAGAAACAAGGUGUGAAAAGAUCAGUACAUUGGGUGAUUGCUACUACUGCGUGGCAGGAUGCCCAGAGCCGCGGGCAGAUCAUGCUUAUUGCUGCAUUGAGAUGGGUCUUGGCAUGAUCGAGGCCAUUGAACAAUUUUGUCAGGAGAAGAAGGAAAUGGUCAACAUGCGUGUUGGGGUUCACACUGGCACGGUCCUCUGUGGGAUACUGGGAAUGAGGAGAUUCAAGUUCGACGUUUGGUCAAAUGAUGUCAACCUGGCCAAUCUUAUGGAACAACUGGGUGUUGCAGGAAAAGUCCAUAUUUCGGAAAAAACUGCCAGGUACCUGGAUGAUCGUUACUUAAUGGAGGACAGUCAGGUGGCCGAACGUGUCGGACAAAUAGUGGCUGCAGAUCAACUAAAAGGCUUGAAGACGUUUUUGAUUUCCGGACGCAGGCCCCGGAUUCCAAGCUGUAGCUGUUCCCAGACUCUUCUUCCAGCCCAAGAUGGUGCUGGAUCUGGCAACGCAUCACCAGGAGGCCCUGGGCAAGGGGGUCUAAUUACAGACAGCGGCAGUGACUCAUACGUGCCUGACAGAGUCAAGGGCUGUCAGUCAUGUGGAGACACUGGGAAUAGAGGUGGAGCAGAGGAGGCAGCAUCUGCAGUAAAUGGUGGCCAGGACGAAUGGAAAAGUGGAAUCAACCGGCCUUCUGCCAUUGGACGUCACAUGAAGACCCAGAAUGGUCUCCUAAGCCCACCACCGGAAGAUACAUUGACCAACAGCCAGGCAUCACUGUAUGAGAUGCUUCAAGAAAAGGGACGCUGGUGUGGUGUCAGCAUGGAUCAGUCUGCAUUACUUCCUCUCCGCUUCAAGAACAUACGUGAGAAGACAGAUGCCCACUUUGUGGAGGUCAUCAAAGAAGACAGUCUAAUGAAGGAUUACUUCUUCAAGCCGCCCAUCAACCGUCUCAGUCUGAACUUUCUUGAUAAAGAGCUGGAGACCUCGUACCGAGCCAGCUACCAAGAGGAGGUGAUCCGGAUGGCUCCAGUCAAGACCUUUGCCAGUGCCACCUUUAGUUCCCUGUUGGACGUCCUCCUGUGUUUUGUCAUCUUUCUGUUACUGUCCAUCACCUGCUUUCUGAAGCCUGGCACGGACCCUGUCUUCCCCCCAAUGGCGGCAGUUGUGGUUCUGGCCGUAUGUGGCGUUCUCGGCAUUCUGUCCCUCUUGGUCUCUGUCAGGAUGGCGUUUUACCUGGAGGACAUGAUGUUAUGCACCAGGCGGUUCUUGGAAAUGAUCUCGGGGUGGUUACCCCGACACUUUAUUGGCACAGUCCUCGUUUGCUUGCCAGCCACUGUGGUCUUCUCUUACAUCACGUGUGACUUCUUCACCAAUAUACAUUACACCAUGUUUCUCUGCUCUGCCCUCCUGAUCCCGAUGGUUCAAUACUGUAACUUUUGCCAGCUCAGCUCCUGGCUACGCUCUACCCUGGCCACCAUCGCGGGCGCCGCUCUCCUGUUACUGAUCCACCUGCCCCUCUGCCAGAAAAGUGCUUUGAUGAUCCCAGAGUCAGACAUGUCAAAUUAUACGUCCUCCAUGCCACCACACAUCAGUAUGCACCCUGAUAGAAGGGGGAGCCCUUUCUCGCUCCUCGGCCAAGAGCUAGCUGUUGCCUAUUUUCUCCUCCUCUUGCUGGUGUGGUUCCUGAACCGUGAGUUUGAGGUCAGCUACCGGCUUCAUUACCAUGGGGAUGUGGAGGCUGACCUUCACCGCACUAAGAUCCAAAGUAUGCGAGACCAAGCAGACUGGCUCCUACGCAACAUCAUACCUUACCAUGUGGCUGAGCAAUUAAAGGUUUCUCAAAGCUACUCCAAGAACCACGAUGAUGCUGGAGUCAUCUUUGCCAGCAUUGUCAAUUUCAGUGAAUUCUAUGAAGAGAACUAUGAGGGUGGUAAGGAGUGCUAUCGUGUGCUCAAUGAACUGAUCGGGGACUUUGAUGAGCUUCUUAGCAAACCUCACUACUCCUGCAUUGAGAAGAUCAAGACCAUUGGAGCUACCUACAUGGCUGCCUCUGGACUAAACCCAUCCCAAUGCCAAGACAGCAACCAGCCUCACCGCCACUUACAGACACUAUUUGAGUUUGCCAAGGAAAUGAUGAGUGUGGUGGACGAUUUCAACAACAACAUGCUUUGGUUCAACUUCAAGUUACGUAUUGGCUUCAACCAUGGACCGCUGACAGCUGGUGUGAUUGGAACCACCAAGCUUCUCUAUGACAUUUGGGGUGACACCGUCAACAUUGCUAGCAGAAUGGACACUACAGGUGUUGAGUGUCGUAUUCAGGCAAGUGAAGAAAGCUAUAGAGUGCUGGUGAAAAUGGGUUAUGACUUUGAUUACAGAGGAACAGUUAAUGUAAAGGGAAAGGGUCAGAUGAAAACAUACCUAUACCCUAAAUGCACAGACAAUGGAGGUUUAGUCCCUCACCAUCAACUGUCCAUCUCUCCUGACAUUCGAGUACAGGUGGAUGGAAGCAUUGGGCGAUCUCCAACAGAUGAGAUAAGCAGCCUUGUCACUGGAGGGAAGGGACAAGUGGAAGCUGGAAGUGGGGAGGCGGGACGCAGGAGAGAGAAGACAGAGGAAAGAGGCCGGGAUGGAGGAGCACGGUGAGACAGGUGGAAUGGAGAAGGACCAGACCAUUUUGGGGGCCCCCCAGUGAUGCAAGAGACUGGCAGCCCGAGCAUUCAUGCUCUUCACUAUGCCAGCUCACAGACAUUUUCAUUUUGUACUAAGGACCGCUGCAUCAUGCCAGAACUCAGUCUUAUUGUGAUGUUGGCUUAUGAUGGCUGUCUACAUGGAUGGCUCUUUUCAUUGUCCUUUGCUGCGGGCUGGCAGGUUGCUGUCUUCUGCAUGCUCCUUAUGAAUCGUACAUCAUCUCUUGCAAAAGCAUCGGAAGGGAGUUGAGGCAGUGAUACGUGUCCUUACUCUGUUGUAGAAGCAGAGCCAUGACUGGCUGUAAGGAUACAUCAGCCUGGCGGUUGGGCCUGCUCCCCACCCCAGUUUAGCUUGAAGGCCUCUCAAAUGACUGUUGGCAAGAGCACCACUUGCUUUGUGUUGGAUCCAGUCAUGGUGUACUGCAGGCGAAGGCUUUGCAUGUCCUUCUCUGCCAGUUUUACUUCUGGUGGUCACUACGGAAACUGGACAGAUGUUUAAACUGCAAGACACAUUUAGUUCCCUUUAACCCCAACUCAUGCCUCCUCUUCUUGCACCUACCUUCAGCCAUACUGAGGAUUGAACAAAGUGCCUUCUGCUCUCUGGGGAUUACUACCCCAAGUGAGAGAAUAGUGACACCUUGACGCAAUUCUCGCUACAACUUGCCAAAAGCAUGCGCCUCUCUUGACUGCUACCUGCCCUGAGGAACAAGAAGUGUGUGAGAGGGGAAAGGGGAGGUCGGGUUGGAAAGCUUUCGUUAACCCUUUAAGGAACCAGUACAAUGUAUUGCUCGCCCCCUGAUUCUAGAAGAGUUAAUCUGAACAGGGUGUAGAGGUUUUCCUUCAGUACUUUCCUAAGACGAUGAGAUUGUAAUGUGUUUUUAGUAACACUUUAGCUGCCUUCAAUUGGUCCUAUUAGCCUUUCCGUCCAUCCCAAAGGAUUUUUAAGGUGUAAGCAAAAAUAAAAUAAAAAAUGUAAGAAUCAAGAGUCUCUUAAUAUAUAUGUAUAUCCUCUUGAUUGUUAAAACGCUCCUUUAUAUCCUAAAAUAUGUUUUAAACUUUGUUGCCAUAGCUGAACAAUGUAUUAUUUUACCUCUAUCUCUGGUUUUAUUGGGGGGAGUUGAAAUCUUGUCUUCCAGGGCCUCUCUCUCACACACCGGGUCUAUUUAAGCACAUUGCUUGGUGAUACUGAAUGUUAAAUGUUUGUUUACAUACUAAUAGAAUAAAUCCGGAAACUCUGGCAGGGUGAAGACCCUGGAAGACUACAUUCUGCCCCCUUAGUAUUAGAUGGAAUCUUGCAGUUCUCCUCUGUACUAUACCCACUGUUGGAGAGUGGGCAUUUUUGGUUUUCAGUGUGGUCACAAAGCGAUCUCAACCCACAAAACCAGGAUUAUAUGUGGCUCUCAACCUGGUAACACCACCGAAAUUUGCACAAGUAAAGAAAUGAGAAACUGUAUUGGGGGAAUGUGUUUGGAUUGAGAUUUGGUAUAUUUAUACGCACACGUCAACCUGCAUAUACACAGUAUACAUAUACCUGGGAACUGUCCGUGAGCUGAUUCCGAGAAUCUUCUCAGUAUUAAAUAUCUAAUAGCUCAUCGCAGACAAUCUAAGUGUUAAAAAAACGAACUCCUGGGGAACCCAAACCCCAGCAGCAGUAAAUGUAUCUUCAGUGAAUGAUCGCUAAUUGAAGCAGGGAUCUCGUCUGUGUCAUAUUUGUACGAUAAACUUGUCUUGGGAGCUUUAAGUGUCAUUAAAUACGGUUAUAAUGUCAUUCAUAAUACUCAUUCACCCUAAGAAUCUGUCCAUUAUCUCAAGAAUCUAGUGAGAAUCUGCCCUUUCACCUUGGUAACCUUGACUCUGCCCAUUCACCUCUCGAUCAUGAGAAUCUGCCAAUUCAAAACGAAUCCUAGAGACCCUUCCUAUUCAACCUGGAAAUCCUACCAGGUGCCCUGAAUAUUACCAAUUUACCCUGAGAAGCUACAAAUCUGCCUAAAUACUAGGGAACAGGGGGGACACGUCUGAGUUCCCAGGUAUGUGUGUAAUUAAUAUGUAUGUAAGGGUUUUCUAUGUGUAUGUAUGUAAAUGUAUAUAAAAUAGAGUGUGCGUUUAGGGAAUUUCUACUGUAUCUGUCUCCCACAUUUGUUGUAUACUACAUAUAAAUGUUAAAUUUUGCCGUACAUAUGUGUUAGUAUAUUUAUGCACGCAAACAUGUAUACCCAUGGGUUUGUGCAUAUAUACGUAUUCAUAUGCACGUAUAUUUAUUUACCUGUACAUACAUAAAAGCACACAGACAAAUGUAUGUACCUCUUCAUUGUCAUACAUAUUUGUGUAUGUAAGUGUACAUAGAGAGGCCGGCAUUGCCGUGGGAUACUUUGUAUUGGAUGUUAAGACGUUUUAUCUCCUGAAAGACCACAUAUCUCUGAGAAUUCCCCCUUCCUGCUGCGCAAUAUAUUCUCUACUGCAGAGCAUCCUGCAAAAGCCAAAAUAAAUUCAUUGAGUAGUCAGA